GUAACAAUGCUUCCGAAUUGAGGAAUUUGUUUUUAUUCCGAAGGUCAUGGAACCCAAGCGUAAGUGAGAUGAGUGAGACGAGUGUAAGGAAAAGCAACGAGCCCCACCUUAGGUUGGUGUAUCAAUCUCAUCAGACCAUCGGGGUCCAGUCUCGUUCUGUUGAACCCCUCGCUGCCGUGACGACGUGGGGCACACAAGGUCACUACCACCACCACCAAGCAUUAUUAUCGCUCGUCUCUCAUAGCCUGACCAUUUGUUCUUUUUCUCUGCUUUUACUUUCAGUUCAUUAACCUUCACAUCGUCAAUCCUGUUCCAACCGAUCAUCCAAUCCAUUGACAUCCUUCAUUGGCAGUAUUCCCUCGCUGAAAGCACCUUGAAUCUCAACAAAGCUUCCCUAUACCUUCAUCCACUAUGGCUACCAGCGUUCUCUCCCGCAAGUCCGGCGUCAUCGUUGGCGAGGAUGUCCGUAAGCUCUUCAAAUAUGCCCAGGAGCAUAACUUCGCCAUCCCAGCUAUCAAUGUGACCUCGUCGUCGACUGUGAUCGCGACACUGGAAGCUGCUCGUGAUGCGAAGUCGCCGAUCAUCAUUCAGGUAUCGCAAGGUGGUGCGGCGUAUUUCUGCGGAAAGGGCGUCCCCAACGGCGACCAAUCUGCCUCCAUCGCGGGCGGCAUCGCAGCAGCGCACUUCGUUCGCAGCGUUGCCCCGACGUACGGUGUUCCCGUCGUCCUGCACACCGAUCACUGCGCCAAGAAGCUUCUCCCGUGGCUCGAUGGCCUGUUGGAUGCCGACGAGGAGUACUUCAAGCAGCAUGGCGAGCCUCUCUACAGCUCGCACAUGAUCGACUUGUCUGAGGAGGAGGUUGAGUGGAACAUUGAGACCACUGCGAAGUACCUCAAGCGCGUCGCGCCAAUGAAGCAAUGGCUCGAGAUGGAAAUCGGCAUCACCGGCGGCGAAGAAGACGGCGUCAACAACGAAUCCGUCGACAACGGCCUCCUGUACACGCAACCCGACGUCGUGUACAAAAUCUUCAAGACCCUCAAUGCCAUCUCCCCCUACUUCUCCAUUGCUGCCGGCUUCGGCAACGUCCACGGUGUCUACAAGCCGGGCAACGUCAAGCUGCGACCCGAGCUCCUCAAGGCUCACCAGGAGGAGACCGUCAAGCAGGAAGGGGGUUCGGAUCCCAAGCCGCUGUUCCUUGUGUUCCACGGUGGCAGUGGUAGUUCGAAGGAAGAGUUCAAGCAAGCGAUCAGCUAUGGUAUCGUCAAGGUGAACUUGGAUACUGAUCUCCAAUGGGCCUACCUUAUCGGCGUCCGGGACUACGUCCUCAAGAAGAAGGACUACCUCAUGACCCAGGUCGGCAACCCCGACGGCGAGGACAAGCCCAACAAGAAGUACUACGACCCGCGUGUCUGGGUCCGCGAGGGCGAGAAGACCAUGGCCUCUCGCAUCACGGAGGCGCUGGCGGACUUCAAUACCGCCGGACAGCUGUAGAUGCGUUCGUUGGGACACCCAGCACGCAUGAGGGAGGAAUUGACGCAUGGUGGAGCGACAUGAAUAUUGCGUGUGGUGAUGCUCGUGGGAGAAUUCAGGGACAUCCAGUCGGUCCCGCGGCUUGUGGAUAUUGUCUCGUAAUUGGCAAAACGACGCUGACGAGUGACCGAUGAGUGGUAAACGACCACCGAGCCCGUGUACGUAGGCCGUAGGUACUACAUAUGAAAAGGAACUAUCAUCGGAAAUCUGAAAUUCAUUUCAAGCGCAAGAUGGAUGUCAUAACACACGAUCCCAAGUGAUGACGGUCAGUGAGCAUAACUAUACAUUCAUGGUAAUACCUAGUUCGUAGCCU